CCACCCAACAUUUCAAACCCAAGCCCACCUACUGACUCCUCUAGGGCACACUCUACCUCAUCUUCCUCAGAAUCAACUUCCCCCAUCGAGCCACCUCCCCCUUCUAUUCAUCCCAUGCAAACCAGAGCCAAAUUCAACAAACAUUGUCUCAAAAUCAGAACUGACGGCACCAUUUCCUGGCCUCUACCCACGCCCAUGUCACUUCCACUGUUGUUCCGGAUGAACCCACCUCUAUUACUGAAGCUUCAAAAUUUCCCGAAUGGAGACGUGCGAUGCAGCUCGAAUUUGAUGCCCUCAUGUCCACUAACACAUGGUCGUUGGUUCCCCUUACCUUUACUCUGAAUAUUGUUGGCUGUAGAUGGAUUUUUAAGACCAAGCAUUUGUCGAUUGGUUCCAUUGAAUGAAGAAAAGCAAGACUAGUAGCCAAGGGCUACAGUCAACUUGAAGGUUUAGACUACAACAAAACAUUCAGUCCUGUGAGAAAUGGAAAAGGAGAGAGCCUACAAGGCCCAUGUUGUGGCUUUUCCAGUUCAUGGACAGGGUCACAUGAACCCAAUGCUCCAAUUCUGCAAACGGUUGGCUUCAAAGGGACUCAAAAUCACAGUAGCUACUACACUCUCCAACACCAAGAGCAUUCAAGCUGCAUCUGGAUCAUUUACGCUUGAGCCAAUUUAUGAUGACUGCAGUGAAGGGGGUAUAGUUGGACCGGGAGGAUAUAAGGGCUUUGUUGAGAGGUUCAAAGCCAAUGGUUCACAAAGCUUAACCGAACUCAUAAAAAAACUAGAGAACUCUAAGUACCCUGUGAAGGGCCUCAUAUAUGAUGCAAAUUUAUCUUGGGCUCUCGACAUAGCCAGGCAGCUGGGCUUAGUUGGAGUUGCAUUUUUCACACAGUCAUGUGCUGCUGUUGCUAGCUACUACCCGAUGUAUUAUGAACUGUUGGAUGAACCAUUGCCAGUGCCUCCAUUCUCAAUGCCUGGACUGCCAAAACUUGGAAUCCCAGACUUGCCUUCAUUUGGUCCUGAUAUGGGACGUUUUCCCCCUAUAAUCAUGUAUCUAUUGAAACAAUUCGAUGGCAUCGAGAAAGCAGAUUGGAUCCUUUUCAACUCAUAUGAUAAGUUGGAAGAAGAGGUGGUGAAAUGGAUGGCAAAUCUCUGGCCUGUUAUGACAAUUGGACCAACUGUACCAUCCAUUUACCUUGACAAGAGGGUGAAAGAUGACGAAAAUUACGGUUUCAAUCUUUAUAAGCCAAACAAUGAUGCGUGCAUAAAGUGGCUAAACACGAAGGAAACUGGAUCUGUGGUGUAUGUUUCAUUUGGGAGCGCUGCAAGUUUGAAUGCAGAGCAGAUGACCGAAAUGGCAUGUGCUUUGAAGCACAAUAACAACAACUUCUUGUGGGUAGUGAAGGCAACUGAAGAAAGAAUGCUUCCCAGCAAUUUUGUGGAGGAGACUGCAGGAAAGGGACUAGUUGUGACUUGGUGCCCCCAGUUGGAAGUAUUGGCCCAUCAGGCAAUCGGGUGCUUCAUAUCACACUGUGGGUGGAAUUCCACGGUAGAGGCGUUGAGUUUUGGAGUGCCUGUGGUUGGAAUGCCUCAGUUUCUAGACCAAAUGGUUAAUGCAUAUUUUCUAGAGCAAGUUUGGGGUGUGGGAGUUAAACCCAGUGCAGAUGAGAAAGGUUUUGUUACUGGUGAAGAAAUCAACAGGUGUAUCCAGGAAGUUAUAAACGGAGAGAGAGGACAAGAGAUUAAGAGCAAUGCCAUUCGGUGGAAGCAAUUGGCUAAGGAGGCAGUGGAUGAGGGUGGAAGUUCAGAUAAGCAUACUGAUGAAAUCAUUGCUAGAGUUGUGUCCUCCUAAUACUGAUUCUUCUCACGUUAAGGCUGCUUCUUUCUCAUGGUUAUGCCUCAUCACAUAAUGCUUCUUUCUUCUCAUUCAGGUUUUUUGGCAGCUGUGAAAAACCAUUGGAAUAGCUGUAAAAUGCCACAUAUUGUAACAAGAGCCUGUCACUUUUAUGAUUGUUUGUAAUAUGUAGUUUAUCUGAUCCCUCAUGGUUAGCUUCAGCUAAUAAUUUGUGCAACUACAGCAUUUUUAAGGAUUUGGUUGAUCCUGCUAAGAAUCUAUUAACAUGCUGUUGAAAAUUGGAUGA